GAAAAAUAUAAACGGAAAGCGGAAUAAAACCAGAGGAGGGUGAGAAGGAAGAACUAUCCUUUUCCGUUUGAUAACCGAUCAGUCAUAAUCAGUUUCAAAAUUUUUUUCUUUCUAUUUUUGUCAAAUUUUCUUUGCAAAGGAAAAUAUAUUAAGAUCAGAAUCCGCCAAAGUGAAGGAGAAGAACUAGACGCAGCAGCAGCAGCAAAGAGUAUCAUGGCAAUAGGUGGAUUUCAAAGAAGACGCUGUAGGAGACUCUGGAUUUCAGGCCAAUCUCCUUAUUCACUUCCUAAUCACCUUACUUGAAACCUUAGUCCUUAUAUCUAUCUCUCCCAAUUUUCUGUUUAUUUUCUUUAAUUAGCCUUGGCUGAUUCUGUUUGGUUUAUGCAAAAUUCAUCUACUUCCAGAUCAGGCAAACCAAGAGAGAAAAAAAAAACAGUGAUUUCAAAUUAUCUAUUAAUUUGGUUUUGGAAUACUCUGCUCUUUACUUGAUUGAGGAAUUUCAAAACAAGGGAAUAUGGAUACGGCGUCUUGUAUUCGAUCCACCGAUCAGGCUGUGGAAGAGAUCAUGAGAAUUCACAGAUCGUUACCGACGAGACCUGGGAUGGACGAGGUGGAAGCCGCUAGGGCAUUGAUUAUAAACGUUGACAAAGAAGAACAGGCUAGAAUUGAAUCCAUUUCCAGGCAAACUAAGAGCCUUGAUGUACCCGAAGAGUUCUUUACCAUCUUGCAGGAGAUGCAGAAGAAUUUGGUUUAUUUCCAGAGCAAGGAGCAAAAGAGGGAGGCUUUGAAAUUGCUCGAUCUCGAAAAUGUUCACUCUCUGUUUGAUGAAUAUAUCCAGAGAGCUUCUAAAUGCUUGCCUUCUUCAUCUUCUUCUCCUUCGUCUUCUUCCUCCUCCAAUUAUGCUAACGGCUCUGCUUCUACAGUUUCCAGCAGCGGUUUCUCUAGGGUUAGUGCGCCAAUUUCCGUUGACAAAUCAUCUAUUACUGCUUCCUCAAACUUGUAUUAUUCUGAUCAAAACCCUGUGAGGACUACGGAAUUGUUUACCCGGGAUGAUAGUUAUGUAAAGAAGACCAAGUCAUCAUUUUAUUCAGAUGGAAUCGGUGUUCCGUCAAUGCCCCAGAUUGUGGAUUCAACUCUAAAAAUUACCCUAAAUACUCCAGGUCAAGAUGGUGACAAGUUGUCUUUAAUAAAACUUGCCAGUUUAAUUGAAGUCUCUGCCAAGAAAGGCACUAGAGAUCUCAAUCUCCAAAACAAAUUGAUGGAUCAGAUUGAAUGGGUACCUGACUCAAUAGGAAAGCUGUCAAACUUGGUUUCUCUAGAUUUGUCUGAGAACAGGAUAGUGGCGCUGCCAUCUACUAUUGGAGGCCUUUCAUCCUUGACAAAGCUGGACUUACAUUCUAACAGAAUUGCUCAACUCCCAGAAUCUAUUGGAGAUCUUCUUAGCCUAGUCUUCUUGGACCUGAGAGCUAACCAGUUAUCAUCUCUGCCAGCUACAUUUAGCAGAUUGGUACGACUCGAGGAACUUGAUUUGAGCUCAAAUCAGCUCUCUUUGCUCCCUGAAUCUAUUGGUUCACUCAUUAGUUUGAAGACACUAAAUGUGGAGACCAAUAAUAUUGAAGAAAUUCCACAUACCAUUGGUCGAUGUUCUUCACUAAGGGAGCUUCGUGCUGAUUAUAACAGGCUUAAGGCACUUCCAGAAGCUGUAGGAAAGAUAGAAACCUUGGAGGUUCUGUCUGUGCGCUAUAACAACAUCAAGCAGCUACCUACAACAAUGUCGUCUCUAUUGAACUUGAAGGAGCUUGAUGUGAGUUUCAAUGAGCUUGAAUCGGUACCUGAGAGCUUGUGUUUUGCUACCUCGCUAAUCAAGAUAAAUGUAGGAAACAAUUUUGCUGAUCUGCAGUCCCUACCAAGAUCAAUUGGUAACCUUGAGAAUCUUGAAGAGUUGGAUAUUAGCAAUAACCAGAUACGAGUACUUCCAGAUUCUUUCAGGAUGCUAACCCGAUUACGUAUCCUACGUGUAGAAGAAAAUCCAUUGGAGGUGCCACCAAGACAUAUUGCUGAAAAAGGUGCUCAGGCUGUUGUUCAAUACAUGGCUGAGAUUGUUGAAAGGAGGAAUGUGAAAACACAGCCCAUAAAGCAGAAGAAGAGUUGGGCUCAGAUCUGCUGCUUUUCGAGGUCUAACAAAAGGAAACACAAUGACAUGGGAGUCAUGGACUAUGUGAAAGCUUGAAUUGAUGGAAUAUGACAUGACCUUUAUGUUGGUCAGCUGGGUUUAGACAAUGGUUAGGCUGGAUUAUAUGAAAGAAGGGCGGGGAGGUGGAGGUUGGUCAGCAGAAGUGAAAUAAGUAGCAGCUAUUAGUAAGGCGAAUUUUGAUGAACUCGUGCUGCAGCAGGCUCAUGUAUUUUUGUAUUAUGUUGUGUUUCUUACAGGGUUUAGCUGUUUAUAAAGCAGAAAUCUCGGUGCAGAAAAAAUCUCUCCAUGAAAUGGGACUCGGUUUGUAAAACAUGGCUCUUACACUUGUUCCUUAAAUUGUAGAUGUACUUUUUUUUCUUUUUUUCUUUUUUUAUAAUAUAAUUGGUUUCAAUUUUACGCCAUUUGUAUGUGUUCUUUAAUGUAAUGAGGUGUAUAAUUCAACCGGCAGAAGGGGGAAGGGAGGAAUGUAUUGUUCCUUGAGUCCGUCAAUGUUGUAUCAAGUUUGACUUGACUUUUUUCACCACUUCAAUAGAAUCUCUUUCCUUUACACA